UGACGUUGUUAAUGGUAAACUCUAGUCUCUGUGACGUGCCUCUGGCAGCGAUGUGUAUACAUAUGUAGAAGAGUAUAAAAGCACCACCAGGUCCUCUAUGGCAAUACGGCAGAUUGGCGUAGACAUCCUGCUCUGCAAACAUGGGAAAGAUCGUCUUUUACGAAGGCCGCAACUUCCAGGGGCGCUCUUACGAGUGCUCUGCAGACUGCUUUGACACCUACAGGCACUUCAACUGCUGCAACUCCAUCAGGGUCAUGGGGGGUCACUGGGUUGCCUACGAGAAGCCCAACUAUAUGGGGUAUCAGUAUGUCCUGGGCCGUGGGGAGUAUCCUGACUUUCACCACUGGAUGGGCUUCAACAGUUGUAUCAGAUCUUGUCAGAUGUUCCCCCCAUACAGAGGAGCCUACCGCAUGAGAAUCUACAACAAGCCUGAAAUGCACGGACACAUGAUGGAGUUCACAGACGACUGCCCCAACGUCCACGAACGUUUCGGUCACCACGGCAUCUACUCCAGUAACGUUAUGGAGGGCUUCUGGACCUUCUAUGAGCACCCUAACUACAGAGGGCGUCAGUAUUUCCUGAGGCCCGGAGAGUACAGAGCUUGCGGGGACUGGGGUUGCAUGAAUCCAAUGAUUGGUUCCUUCAGAAGAAUAAGGAGCAGUUUAAUGUAAACAGAGUAUUUUUUAUGGCCAUUAAAAUCUUUUAAACUGAUUAAAA